AUGUUCUUUAAGGAAAGGAGGGCAUCAUCUAAUAAAAAAUCAUAUCAAGGCUAUGAGGAUACCAAAAUUCAACUUGACUUAAUUGAUAAAUUCAUUAAUCCUUCAUUUGAAAAUCCCAUUAAUCAUCAACCUAGUAAAAAAAGUGGAAUAAGACAAAUAAAUAAAAUCGAUAAAUCUCUUCACAUUCCUAAAGUAGUCGUAUUUCCUGAAGAUAAACUAAAUGAAGAAGUGGCUCAAAUGUAAUAAGCAUUAGAUCAAUAAAGCCAAACUCUCAAACAACUCUUGAAAGAACAAUAAGAAGUAACAUUAUAAAUGGAUAAUCAAGAUCAAUAAAAAUCAAGCUCUAAAGUAAAAACUUGAUUGCCUCAAAACUCAAGUGCAAAACCUCCAUCUUAAAUUGCCAAAGCUUCCCCAAUAUGACUAAUUGUAUGAAAUCAAACAUGAACUCAACUCAUUAAGAUAUUCCUUUUUUCAGCAUUCCCCAUAAAAAUCCUUUUUCUAACCCCCUUAGAUCAUCUAUUAACAACUGCCCUAACCUAUUUCGUAACAAUAAUUUUUAUAAGCAUACCCUCCUUAAAGAGGCUAUCAUCCCUUACAGCAUUUAAUGAAUCCCUAUUAAAAUCCCUAUAACCCCCAUUCACAUAGGGUUAAAUCCUACACCAAAGACAAAUACGCAAACUUAAAAGGUAAAAAGAAAAAUAAAAAUUAAAACAAAACUUAACAUUCUGUCUCAUUAGUUUCUGAUUCAGGGGAAAGUAGUUGUUAAUCCAUCCCAUAUGUUUCAAAAAAAGUACAUUAAAAACCCAAAUAAAAGUUUUUCACCAAAGUAUUCUUACAUUAUAGUUUUAUAGGAUCCAGAAAGUCAAGAAUAAAAGAAAGUUGAAAAAUCUAAAUUGAAAAAUAUAUUCAAUGCAGUGAGAUUUGCAAUGAGAUGGAAAAUCUACUGUAGACCCAAUAAAAUCUUAUGGAGAAAGCUAAUUAAACGUUCAGUUGAAUGCAAAUCUAUUAUCUAAAAGACAUCAUCUCCAGUAAUAAUGAAACGAAUUAGAGAUUGGUGUAAAAUGGUAUUGGCAAAAGUGGAUAAUUAUUUGAGCAAAAUCAAAGAAAUCGAUUUUAUUGUAAUUACUAUGUCAUAUCCUUAGAAUCCAGAAAAAUUACUGACAGAAAAAGAAAUUGAUUAAUCAUUUAUGUAACUUACUAUUUCAACUAAAUAUUUAAUGACAAGUUUACUAACAUAUUGUACAAAUGAUUUUCUGAUCCCAGAAAUUAAAUAUUUAUCCUACUUACAGUUCUUCGAAGAACCCAAUAUCGACAGAGGCCUAUUUAUAUCCAAGCGAGUAUAGUUUUGGAAGGAAAAUCAACUAGACAUGACUAAAAUUCAAUAAUAAAUGAUCAUAGGCGAUCUUGUUAUUAUAGUACAUAUUUUACCUGCUUUAUUGGAUAUUUAAGGAUCUUAUUUUCUUAUUAAAUGCAUGGUAUCAUUAGUUUAAAUUCAUUUUAUGAAAUAUUUUGACCUAAAAAUUGUAAAUCCCAAUCCAGAUUAUAGACUUAUAUAAUUAAAUGUAAAAGAUAUCAAUGGAAAAUUCUAAGCGAGAUUAUAAAAAGUUGAAAACCUUGAGGAUGAUAGAUACAUCAUUGGAAUGUAUGAAGAAUAGAAGUUUCAAUAAUUUUUUCAAAAAAGGCCUUAUUUUCAAGAUGAUAUGCAAAAUGCUCUUUCUGAAAUACAUACUAACUUACUAUAAGCAUUAAAUGGUAAAUGA